GCCAAAAUUUGAAACAGAGAAAGUGGGAGCGCCGGCGAUGGUAGCGUAAAGAAGAGAGAGUUUGGACGGCGAUUUGAUCCCUCCCCUUUGGUUCGCCGGCGGUCAAAUUGGAUGGAUAUUUGAGAUUUUUCCAUUUGCAAAAUUUCCAUCAACAGUUAACAUUGGCCUUCCAUUUCUUCUUCUUCUUCUUCCGUAAAGAGUUUAGAUUUCCCAAGUAGAGAAACAAAAUGGUGAAGGGAAUUGGGGGACAAAACCUACCGCCCGACGUGACGCAGCUAAUCGAUCAACUCGAGCGACAUUGCUUGGCACCCGACGGAUCUUUCAUCUCCAGAUCUGCCUAUUAUGAUCUCCAACUCACAAGGGAGGAAAUGUCAAGGGAGAGACUACGGUUCCUGGAAUCCAUGGCAAUUUAUUGUGAGGCAGUUGGGAUGGUUGAAGAGUACCAGCAAGCUGUUUCAGCGGCUAACAUGGGAGGUAUACGAGACGGGCAUGGUCUUUACCCUCAGCUUGGGUUGAAGAACUCCAUGCAGCAGGGCUAUGAAGCUCUUGAGCAUCGUCUCAUUGUUGCUGAAGCAGCUCAAAGACUGAGGCUUCCACUUCUCUCCAAGGAUGGAGAGAUACAUGAGGAAGAGAUCGAAAAAUGGAGUAUUAUGUCAAGAAGCUCUCUUGAUAGCACAAGUACUAGUGUCACAAUGAACUCAAGUUCAAAUUCUGCAAAUUAUACAAAUGCAUCCGGUAUAAACUCUUCCAUUGCUAACAAUGCCGUUUCCAGCGCUUGUGCUGACGUAGCUGAGCCUGGAAUUGGUGGUGUUUCAAACCGAUUUCUGGGCAUAACUCCAGCUUACUUGUGGGAAACUCAGCACCAGCAGGACAUGGCAGAAUAUCAGAUCCCACUUUGCCGUGAAAUUGAGGGACGAUUAAAAGUCAAAUGUGAUAAAUUAGCUGAUGCUUUCGUGAUAGAUGAUAUUGGAGCUUCUUCAACUGGUGGUCAAGGUUCAAGUGCCCGGCUUCCAGAAAGGGUCAAGCUUAUCAUUGAAGAAAUUGAGACAGAAGAAUCUGCACUACGAGAAGAUCUAUAUUCUGCUGAUAGAAAAUUUGCGGAAUAUUACAAUGUUUUGGAGCAGAUACUUAGUGUGCUUAUUAAGCUUGUCAAGGAUUUGAAAUUACAACAUCAGCACAAAUAUGAUGAGUUGCAAAAAACCUGGCUUUGCAAACGAUGUGAAACAAUGAAUGCAAAAUUGAGAGUGUUGGAGCACAUUCUUUUACUCGAGACCUAUACUCAGGAAUCAAUUCCAGCUCUUCAUAAGAUAAGGAAAUACAUGGUUGAGGCAACAGAAGAAGCUUCUCUUGCAUACAAUAAAGCAGUAACGCGUCUUCGAGAAUAUCAAGGUGUUGAUCCUCACUUUGAUACAAUUGCAAGGCAGUACCAUGACAUAGUAAAGGAAUUGGAGAACAUGAAAUGGACAAUUCACCAAGUUGAAAUGGACCUGAAACGCGAUACAUAGUAAGGGUUAGGGUUAGGGUUAGUAAGACAACCCUAAGAAAGGCUAGGCUGGGCUGAGCUGGCAAGGCGGUUACUGGUAGAUCCAACAAGAGUUGUGAUGUUUGAUUUUCUGUUUUGAAUUUCCCCUCAUCAAAGAUUCUUUUGAGAAUGUUUUUAAUGCAAAAGGAAAAGGGAACACCUUUUUGAA